CGAUCCCGUCCACCAGGCUGCUCUCGAGGAGUCAGGCAAUUGCUGCACUUUCGUUGAAGUUCGGAACUCGUCAAGAUGUCGUUCGCAGGCAGGCGCACGGGCAACAAGGUCAAGAAGGGCGUGCAGUUCACGCUUAUGGUCGUCGGUGCCUCGGGCACGGGCCGUACGACUUUCGUGAACACGCUGUGCGAGUCGGAGGUGCUGGCGCACAAAGUCUCCGAUGACCCCGCGACUGCGCACGUCGAGCAGAACAUUCGCAUUAAGCCUGUGAACGUCGAGCUCGAGGAGGAUGGCGUGCGCAUCGCGUUGACCAUCGUUGACACGCCGGGCUUUGGGGACAACAUUGACAACGAAUCCUCGUUCCGCGAGAUCGCUGGCUACCUCGAGCGUCAGUACGACGACAUUCUCGCCGAAGAGUCCCGCAUCAAGCGUAACCCGCGCUUCCGGGAUAACCGCGUUCAUGCUCUGCUGUACUUCAUCCCGCCCACUGGUCACUCGCUGCGCGAGAUGGACAUUGAGCUCAUGCGCCGCCUCUCCCCCCGCGUCAAUGUCAUACCCGUCAUUGGCAAGGCUGACUCGCUCACAUUGAGUGAACUCAAAGCAUUCAAAAAGCGGAUUAUGGAGGACAUCGAGUACUACGACAUCCCCAUCUACAACUUCCCUUACGACGUUGAGGAGGAUGACGAGGAGACCAUCCAGGAGAACAGCGAGCUUCGCGCCCUGCUCCCCUUCGCGAUCAUCGGCUCUGAAGAGGAGGUCAUGAUUGACGGCCAGCCUGUUCGGGCACGCAUCUACCCGUGGGGUAUCGCCGAGGUCGACAACCCCAAGCACUCGGACUUCAGCCGCCUGCGGAACGCGCUGCUUGGGACCCAUCUUGCGGACCUCAAGUCGCUCAUUCACGACGUGCUCUACGAGACGUACCGUACCGAGAAGCUGUCGCGCACGGUGCACUCGGUGGACGCGACGGACUCGUCGAUCUUGCCCGAGGAGCUUGCCUCGCAGAGCGUGCGCCUGAAGGAGGAGCAGCUGCGCAGGGAAGAGGAGAAGCUCCGCGAAAUCGAGCUUCGCGUGCAGCGUGAGAUCAACGAGAAGCGCCAGGAGCUGCUGGCGAAGGAGGAGUCCCUUAGGAACCUCGAGAGCCGCCUGGCCGCACAGGGCUCCAACUCCGACUUCCGCGACUAAGCUAUGUGUCCGAGUCUGUAUGGUAUACCCUUCUCCGCGAUCUACCCCGCUCAUUCGAUUGCGCUGGUUUCACGAUGUUCAUCCCUACGUCUCUACACGCUGGUCCCUCUUUCGUCGAUUGGCCGACCUUUACUUCGCCCGCCUCAUGAUGUUCUUUACGCUCUGCGAUAACAGCUGUCACUCCUUAGCAUCCCCAAAAGUCGCCUGUUUUUCCCCGUAAUACACUACCUUAGUACGACAUUGUCUUGAUCCCCUUCAACUUGUCUUGACCCCUCUUUACCGCGCGUCUUGAAGCUUGACUCCCCCUUCUUUCCUUGAUACAAUUUGCAUGUUGUGGAUCAUUAGUUGAUAUGAAGUUGUGGUGGAUGUAUUUGCGCUACCCUGUGUAUAUUCAGUGAGGAUCGAUGGGGGUGCAGCA